GGGGACUGAAAGCUGCGUUGCAACGGAUGGACGAGGGAGAGUCUGAUGAGAGGGACGAUGUUCAGGACGCCCUCGAUGAGGAGGAGGGUCUCGAGGGUGGGGUUGGGGAGGGGGGGAAGGCUGACGAGGCAGUCGGAGACCCUGACCUGCCAGGGGAGAAGGUGGUGAUUACGUCGAGAGACGUCAGUCGAGCGGGUCCCACUCCUAGGGCACCACGACCUGAGUUGGAGCGCGCGAGGAGGGAGAAGAGGCCGGUGGGGGAGGGCGGCGAGGUGCGCGAGACGACCAGGGAGAAGAGGGCUCGACAGACGACGAUCGACGAGAUGUACGACAAGGAGAAGUUGGACAAGUUUCAUGACGCGUGGCUGCAGUGGAUCUACGCGAAGGGGUUGGCAUUCAACGCCUUCCGAGGUCCGGAGUUCCAGAGGGUUCAGCGGGCGACAGAAAGAGUACCGCGGACAAUUCAGUUCCGGUUUCCCUCGUACAGGGUCACAGCGGGCACCGGGAUCCCUUCAUAGAGGGGGAAGGUGGCGUCGAUGGACGCGUUAGAGAGAAUGCUGCAUGGUGCCGCAUGGGCUCGCAUCGC